CUGUGUCUUAGCACCUGCUACGCCUCAUCCCGCCACUACCAUCCCACCUUUUCCAGCCGUGUUGUUCAAGUUUUUUCUCUUCUUUUCACCAUUCUCCUUCCCGAAAGACAUCCUACGCUUCAGAUCGCAUCAAUUUCGUAACAACCGGCCGUUGCCCAUCUUUUUGCCCUGAAAUGGGCAAAUGGAGCCCUUCUCAGCCCUUGCCGUGGCAACUGGUGUAGUCACUUUCGUAGACUUCGCAAGUAAACUAGUCUCAGGAAGCCGGGAGAUCUACAAGUCGGAUGAUGGGCGGUUUGAGGAACACGCAGACCUUCGUCAAAUUAGUUCUACGCUUGAGGAACUUAGCAAAGAUCUCCGACGGCCUUUGAAUGCCGACAAAUCCUCCAAAAGCGCACCCGAACUUAGGAAACUUUGCGAUAGUGCCAACGAAGUUGCAACUGAGCUUAUCAAAGUGUUGGACUCCAUCCAGAACGUCAGCAUAAGGAACCGACGAUGGAGCAGUUGCAAGCAAGCAUUGGAGAGCAAGAUGAAAGGGGGACAGAUCACCCGCCUUGCGGGGAGACUAGAGGAUUGCCGCCGACACAUCACACUACAUAUUGUAGUCAUAUUGAGCUCUGAUAUGAACAGUCGACUCGACACCAUGAUGACGAUAUUUCGCGAACAAAUCAUCGAGCAAAAGCAAAGAGAUGAAGACCUUGUCAAAAUAAUUCGCGAGCAAAGCAGACCGGAUCUUGACUACGACGCUCCUGAUUCCUCGUGGCCUGAAAUCAUAACAGGAGGACUUCGAGCGCACACGAGGAAGUUUUCACAGCUCCUCCUCCGAAGUCUGAACUAUAAAGAAAUGGAAGACCGACAUGACCGAAUCACUAGUCGGUAUCGACAAACUUUUGAAUGGAUAUUCCAUGAAGACGGACCCGACCCUACUCCAGCUAUAUCGUGGGACAGCUUCUCUAAAUGGUUGAAGGCCUCUUCCCAACUCUAUUGGAUCACAGGCAAACCCGGUGCUGGCAAAUCCACGCUCAUGAAGUUCUUAGACGACGACCCCCGCACGAAGCAACAACUAUUAUCGGAUCUCCCAGUCGUGAAGGCUAGCUUCUACUUUUGGAACUCUGGAGAGGAAAUACAAAUGUCUCAACAUGGGCUUAUUCAAUCGUUGCUAUACCAAAUGAUUGAUCAAUGCCGAGAGACCGCCACAGUUGUCUUUCCAGACCAUUGGGAGAGUUUCAGUCUUCUAGGAUCGCCUAUUGGCCGUUUUACUUGGAAUGAAUUACUCCGAGGAUUUCUCCGCUUUAUUGACCACAUUGGGUCUUCUAAGCAGUUCAUUUUCCUAAUCGAUGGACUGGAUGAGUAUGAGGGUGAAAAGCGUGAGCUCAUCACUUUCCUGAAACAGCUUCUAUCGCUGCCAAACUCGAAGAUCAAGAUGUGUGUGUCAAGUCGUCCCUGGCCGGUGUUCGAAGACGAGUUUGAAACGAGCCCCAGUCUUCAGAUUCACGAAUUGACUCUUCCUGACCUGAGACAGUUCAUAUCAACAAGCUUCGAAGAAAACGCAGGAUAUGGUGCCCUGAAAAUUGAGGAUCCCAGAUAUGCGGCAAAAUUGACCGAAGACAUCGUGCAAAAGGCUUCUGGUGUCUUUCUCUGGGUCUCUCUGGUCGUUCAUGUACUACUGGAUGGCCUCAGUGAUGGCGACAACGUCCGUGAUCUACAAAAUAAGGUUGAUAUGCUUCCUCCCGAUCUCGAGAAUUUUUUUCAAAAGAUCUUGGACAGUCAAGAGCCGAGGCACAAAGAGCACGCCUCCCAGCUGUUUCAAAUUUUCUGGGCUUCCAGAACUCCAAUAUCGGUAUUGAGCCUCACCUACGCCGAUCAAGAUGUCGACUACAUAUUCAAUCAUCCCGUAUGGGAUGUGGGAGAAGAGGCGCUUGCAUCUAAGAUUGAUAGGAUGCGACGUCGACUGAACAGUCGGUGUAAAGGUUUACUCGAUGUCCCGAAACGCUAUAUUUCGUAUUACCAGAAAGUUGAGUAUCUCCACCGGACUGUCAGAGACUUCAUGGAAAAGGAGUCUACAUGGAAAAGUAUCAAGGCUAUGGCACCCACAUUUGACCCACACACACCAUUAUACAUGUCGCAUCUGAUGUCUCUGAAGACGACUAAACAUCUUGAGCUCGACUACAUGGGAACAUUGACUAAAGACUUUGCAUACCAUAUGUCUGCGACGCUUACCGAUCAUCUAGAUACUCCAAUCAGAGCACUGGAUCAGCUCAACAGCACGCUGGUGCAGUUAACGUCCAGCCAAAGGGAAAGACGAGGAUCUCUCUUGGAAUAUCACGCUGACGCUGAUCAUCAUGGCAAUGCCGAGCCACACUGGACACACAUCAAAUCCUUUAUUCCUAAGGACUGCACCCUCUAUGGACCAGGGACGUUCCUUAAUUACAUAGUGGCAUGUGGAUUUCUCUGGUAUUUGGAAGAAAAAACGGAGGAAGCGAAGCCUUUGACCCAAAAAAAGGAUCUCGUCCCGUUACUCCUCGAGGCUGCAGUCAGGUCUCCAGUGUUCGCCAACUUUGAGAAGGACGUGAACCUAAAGAUUGUGCGAUUCCUCCUUCAGCAUGGCGCAGAUCCUGGCGAGUUAUACAAAAAGAAAAUAGUCAUACACCAUAUAAGAGAGAGAGCGGCCGUCAAUAAUGAGGCCGUUAGGAAGGAUGUUCUUCAGGAAAUAGAUGAGUGGAUCUCCGUCCACGGAUUGCUCUCGGUUGAGCAACCUGAGGAACCCAAGAAGAGCAAAAGACUAUUGUUCCACAGAUUUAACUUUCUAUCCAGGAAGACCAUAAGUGCAUAAACCGAAGGACGGUCCAGCCAUUUCUAGUGGUCAUUCGAUGCCAUUUUAGAGACGAGAAUUCCUUCAAAUGACACGCUUCCAUGUCAGAGUCACAGCUCCAUAAUUACAUUCACCUUUACACGAAUAUUAGUUAAGGGGAUCUCUUCCUCUGUCCCAGUUCUCGUCGUUGGUG